CAAAUUUUAUUAAUGCUCUACUCUUUGGAAGAUUAUGAUAAUAUUCAAAAGGUUCUGUGGAUACGAGUGGAGGGGAAGAAAAUUAGUUGCAGAGCUACCACCGAGUCCAGAAUCAUCCAUCAUCUUUGCCGAUCUGAUCCAAAAUCCUUGUCGUCCUCCAUUGUCAUCUUUCUUCUGAGUUCUUCAAUUCCAUUGCAAUGCAUUUUCAUCUCCACAGCCACCACCAGCUCUACGGACAGAGCUCCAAUGGGUAACCCUUCAAUCUCUCUCAGAUUCACCAUUUUCCUCUCCCUCUCUCUCUCCGUCACCCCCUUCGCUCUCUCUCCCAAUUACCACAAACGAUCCUCUCCUCCGCCAUCGCAAUCGCCGAUUCCCAGAGCUACGCCCUCGGAUUUGCUCAAUCUUCUCGGUUCUAAACCCCAAGCUUCCGCCGUCAACCCUAGCGUAGCGCAGGAACUAAAAUCUUGCCUCAAAUUCCUCGUUCCCUUCCAUCCAAGCUCCAGGAGACGGAGCUUGAGGUCGAACAGAUUCAGUGGCCGGAUUAGGAGUCGGAGAGACGAGGAUGAGCUCGUGUGGUGGCCGCCGGAGUCGGUUCUCGAACUCGCUCGGCUUGCUGUUGACUCUGGUGGAGACCCUGGGGCUAUCCAUCGCGCCCUUGAUCCGGCUGUGAUCCCUAUACCCAGCAUUGACGGAUCAAAAAGACACAAAUGCGAGCUCACAAGAACACCAUAUGGGAGACGCUUCAUAAGUGAGGAACUAAAUUCAUACCUUCAGUUUCUGUUUGAGAUCAUUGUUGCUCGAUCUGCUGCAAUGGGAUUAAACAUUACAUUGGAUCGCUUCGAUUUUUUUCACGGUCAUCUUUUUAUUGCCUUCGACAACAACAGGCUCGGUAUUCUGUUUCAUGCCAAAGAAUUCCCAGCUUAUGAUGAAAAGGUUUUUCCAUACAACAUGGGUUACUGUCAAAUAGGAUCUAAUGUAGCCUAUGAUGAUUCAAUAAACUUGAGAAAUAUUCUCUGGUUGGCACCAAUGCCCAGCAAUUCUACCAAGGACUGGGAGGCACCAGGGGUUCUUGUGGUGCUGGAUGCUCAUCCAGAUGGAAUUAUAUACAGAGAUAUCAUACCUGAAUAUGUACAUGUAGCAAGAACUAUCUAUGAAGAUGAUCUCGGGGAGACUGUGGUUGAUGUCAACUACUUGGACACUGGCAAUCCUUUGCCAAAUUUCCAAAUCUUCAUAUGCUAAUUAUGAUGAUACCAUGAUUCUAAUUUGUCAAGAUAGAAGAAUCAAUUUGAAACCAUCAUGUUUUAAUUAUGUACUUUUUUUUCUAUCUAUUCCUUUUCAUUUUCUUGAACUAUAGAGUCCUUUUUACGUCUCCGUUUCGUAUGGUGACAUGGGGGCAAAAAUAGAGAAAAGAGAAGGAUGAGAUUUCUUUCGCUUUUGGUA